AUCUCUUGGAAAGACAACAGUCGAGUUGGCGCUGACUUACGCAUUGCGUCGCAUUGUUGUCCUGCUUGCCUUGGCGGGAUUUCCUGGCCCAGAUCUCGGCUAUGUUCCUUCUCUCGAUCAAAUCACACCUUUUUGUUUAGCUCAAGCCAAUUAAUUAACGCAAUUAGAUUAUUUACGUGUAAAGUUUAUUCUCAACAGCAGCCCACGAGCAACAACAAUGGGAAAGCUCCGUCACAGAUGACCGAAGAUAUCGAUAACUCUCUGUUAACAAGCGCUGUUAGUUUUAACAGAGUAAACACAGCUGUUUUCGUUUAAUCUAAUUUUUAUAUUUUUUGUGUUCCUAAAAUGUCACUAUUUGCGUUUUUGAAGAGCCGCACUGCGUUCUGGCUGAGCCUCACCGGUACGACGACGGGACUGGCCUUCUUUGUCAAGGACCUUAUGCAAGGCGGUCAGUUCACCAAAGAAACAAAUGAAACCGGCAAGGUGUUCAUUGUCACCGGUGCCAACACGGGGAUCGGCAAGGAAACGGUGAGAGAGAUUGCAAAGCGGGGAGGCACCGUUUACAUGGCAUGCAGAAACUUAAAGAAAUGUGAGGAGGCUCGCGAGGAAAUUGUAUUAGAAACGAAGAACAAAUAUGUGUACUGCCGGCAAUGUGACCUGGCUUCCCAGGAGUCCAUCCGCCACUUUGUUGCUGCCUUCAAGAGGGAACAGGAACACCUGCACGUACUGAUCAAUAACGCCGGUGUUAUGCGCUGUCCUAGAUCUCUCACCUCAGAUGGCAUCGAACUUCAGCUGGGGGUGAAUCAUAUGGGUCACUUCCUGCUUACCAAUUUGCUGUUGGAUCUGCUCAAGAAAUCCACACCCAGUCGGAUUGUAAAUGUAUCCAGCUUGGCGCACACUCGAGGAGAAAUUAAUACUGGCGAUCUGAACAGCGACAAAUCCUACGAUGAAGGAAAGGCUUACAGCCAGAGCAAAUUGGCCAAUGUACUCUUUACAAGAGAGUUGGCCAAAAGAUUAGAGGGCACCAACGUAACGGCGAAUGCCCUGCAUCCAGGAGUGGUGGACACAGAAAUAAUCAGGCAUAUGGCAUUCUUUAAUAAUUUUUUUUCUGGACUCUUCGUUAAGCCAUUGUUUUGGCCUUUUGUUAAGACUCCGAAGAACGGAGCUCAGACCUCGUUGUAUGUGGCUCUAGAUCCCGAACUAGAAAAAGUGACAGGACAAUAUUUCAGCGACUGCAAGCUAAAGGAGAUGUCGCCGGCUGCCACCGACACCCAAACGGCAAAAUGGCUAUGGGCAGUCAGUGAAAAGUGGACGAAGCCAGCAAUGAUUAAAAUACAAUAGUUCGUAUUGUACAAAAUGUUUCUGACAAGCCCUCUGUUACUUCGCAUAAAUUUUCAGUUUCUUACAGUCUACAAAUCUUCCAUUUAUCUUGUCUUAGUUAUUUUAACGUGGCCGACUAAUAAGAGUUGAAAGCUC